AUGGCUGCUCCACCUGCCAGGGCUAGGGCGGCGGACUAUGAUUAUCUCGUAAAGCUGCUUCUGAUCGGUGACAGCGGUAAGUGGUUCGCCAAUCUCUUCUCCCUUGACAGCCAUGACGCUCAGAUUUGCUUUGGACACAGAUGAAUCGCCUCAUCAAGGGUUUUAUUAUACGGAAUGAAUUGCGAGGCAUUAACUAGGAUCGAGAUUCUGCAGUCUCGGUGCGACGUAUUUGUAUUUCUGGUUGACCGGAGGAGGUCUUCCUUUGGUCGGCUGUUUUCGGGUCUUAUAGUAUGAAGGCUGUUUUCUUUCUCAGUUACGAGCUUAAUCGCAAGGAGAGGGCAUUGAAAUGACCCAGCGGUCAGGAUUUUGGGCAUAGUGUGCGGAAUUCAGUUCUAGGGAAAAUUUCCGGUUAUUCAGCUUAAAUACUGGGAAGAAUAUGUAUCUUCCGUCGUGUUCUUCAUGUUUUUAGGGAAGCUGAUGCCAAUCCUCACUGUGGCCAAGUAGACUCAUGGGAUGGAUGGGCACCGCACAUAACUGUUACAAGCUGCUGGCCCAUGGAAUUAUACUUUAACAUUUGCCAUGAAAUAAGUGAUUUUGCCCCUAUGUUCUAUUAGACGAGGGUAAGGAUGCAAGUGAAAAAUCUAGCAGAGGGAGUGGUUUGAGGUAUGUGACUGGGGAUUGUAGUGGAUAAUGAGAGAGAAUCCUAUUUCUAACUAAUCACAAGUCAUCAAAAAGUUGCAUACGUGAACGGAGGAAGGGGGAGCCAGUUCCCACGUAGGAGAAAAAACUGUAGAUUUUUGAAAGGCCGCGGAGGUCUUAUUGAAACAGGCUGCUGAGGCAUAUUGGAACAUAGAGUUUACGAGUAUUGCUAAAAUAUGAUUUUUAAUUUUUUUUUUCUAUUUCUUUGACAGAUUGCUGUCUCAUUGGAAGCAUUUUAUAAUAGUAAGAAAUUUACAAGUUGUGGGUGUGACACCCCUCACACGAAGGAACAAGGUUCUGGGCCCAGAACCUUACAGAAGACAUGAGGCUGUAGGCAUCUUAAAGACAUUCGAGUUUCAAUGACGAGUUUAGGUGAUAAUGAGUCUGAUUCUGUAUAGAUCUGGUAGAAUACGUAAAACCAGUGUUAAAAUUUUUCAUCCCUUUUCUACCAAUAGAAUUCGUAACCCAAGGUCGUAUCUUACAGUUUAAUGUUAAGUUGUUCAUUAUUUUACUUUUUAAUACGCAUGGAAAGCGAAUCCAAAUUAUAAUUUAAUACUUCAUAGUGUAAAAUAGAUGUGAUUUACUAUAACUUAUAGUUGAAUUUGUACUUGUUGGUGACACAUAUCUGAGACUGAUGCAAUUCUAUUUUACUAAUUGGAUUGGAUCAUUUUCUUUUGUUGAUUUUCUGGUUGAUUAAUCUUGCUAGUCACUUUCCCGAAGCUAGGAAUCUUUUAGGCACAAAAAUAACUUAUAUUAAAACUGGGUCAAACAAAAUUCUCUUAAAAAAGGCCUGUUGAUAUGAGUGAUUGUAUUUCGAGUGGAGAAUCCAUUUCAUCUGGCGAUUUAAAGCCCUGAUGCUCCUGAUUGCACUCAUUCGCCACACCUUUGCCCUUUAUUUUUCAUCAUGCCAACACGUUUCGCUAUUGCAGGGGUGGGUAAAAGCUGCCUUCUUUUGCGUUUCUCAGAUGGAUCUUUCACCACCAGUUUCAUCACAACGAUUGGGUGAGCUUCCUUCACCGGAUUCAUUGGCUUCCCAUCUUUGCCCUCUUUUAAACCAUACACCAUCUUAGAAUUAUUUCUUCUUUUGUAGCAUCGAUUUCAAGAUAAGAACCAUCGACUUGGAUGGGAAACGAGUCAAGCUGCAGAUUUGGGACACGGCCGGCCAAGAACGGUUCAGAACCAUCACAACUGGUCGUCUCUGUACUCCUUUUUCUCUGAGAUUCGUACUACUACUUUCUCAAUGUUUCUAUCUCCUCUGGCACAGCUUAUUAUCGUGGGGCAAUGGGCAUCUUGCUGGUCUACGACGUGACCGAUGAGUCCUCCUUCAACAGUACCCACCUCCUCCCUGCUCCCAUUCCAUCUCCCCCCCCCCGCCCCUCUCUGCUCAGCUCUCUCGAUGCUCCUGCAGAUAUCCGGAACUGGAUUCGGAACAUCGAGCAGCACGCUUCCGACAAUGUCAACAAGAUUCUGGUCGGAAACAAGGCCGACAUGGACGACAGCAAGAGGGUGAGCCGAGCCCCCCCCUCCGCCAUCUCUGCCAGAACUUCUCCAUUCGUUUCUCUGAUCGAAUCGACGUUCCCCAGGCGGUGCCCACUUCAAAGGGCCAGGCCCUCGCGGAUGAAUACGGGAUGACGUUCUUCGAGACGGUGGGUACCGCCCCUCCUCCCCCCCCUCCCAUUUCCUCUAAAAAUCCUCCCUUUCUUGAUCCCCACCUGCUUCGGAAACCGUCCUCUGCAGAGCGCCAAGACGAAUCUCAACGUGGAGCAGGUCUUCUUCUCCAUUGCCAGGGACAUCAAGCAGAGGCUCAUGGAGACGGAUUCCAAGGCCGAGGCAAGUUCUUCGUUCUUGAUCAUUCUCUCUCUCUCUCUCUCUCUCCCACCCUGUGAUUCCGAAGCUGUGCUUGAAGAAUCUGCCAAUCUUCUUCUUCUCUCAGGAUCGGAUGAUCAACAUCAACAGAGCGGGCCAGGCGGCGGUGGACGCUGGAGCUCCGCCGAAGUCAACCUGCUGCAGCUCCUGA